AUGCCUCCUCUUAACAAGGGCGUCGCCACCUACCACUGCAUCCAGGGGAUGUACUGGAGGAACACCGCUGGCGAACUUCUAGCCCUCGAGGGUAACAACUCCAAGCCACUGCCAGAAGUAUGGUCGCAAUUGAGUGAAGUCAUUCGCUCUGCUGCUGAAGGGUCAUGGAGUCGACUCCAGCUCCCCUCUGGGAAGGAGAUCAAGACUCUCCAAAUCAUUGCCGAUAUCCCGAAUCUUUCAAACAUCCGCAACAACUUCCCCCCAUCAUAUCAGAAAGAGGACCUUUUCACAACAACCGCCGAGAUUAUGCACGACAAUGGCCUCAUACUUGGUAUGCUGACAUCGAGACCAAAGUCUCUUGCCACCAAUGGAUUUAGUAUUUGGUCUGAGCGCUUCAUCCUUCUGGAGACUGAGUUCCAGCCCUUUGCCACCAUUUCAGAUGCCAGCACUCCCUGGGCGAUUAAGGAACGCGACAUUUGCAACACAAUCGCCGAGAUCUUCGAGCGUAAGCUGAAGAAUCUUUCCAAAGAUGAUCAGUGGGAAGUUUGCGGACGUCAGAGUUUUUUGAACCGUGUUUACGGCUACGUGGAGAAGAACCUACCCAUCCAACUCGCCCUACCUGCCUUCCCUUGCAAGUCGCCCAACCCCAAUAAAGUUGGCGGUAUUAUGCCAGAUCUUGCCGAACAUAUCGCUAUGGACGUACUCCAUGACUUCGUCAAGGAAGUGAACGCGGUAUACGAGCCCGGUGCGACGAUGUGGGUCAUCAACGACGGCCACGUCUUCUCAGACUGCAUUGGAGUCGACGAUGAGAUGAUUGAUACAUACGACGCCUGCAUGGCCGCGAUCUACGCACAGCGGUUUCCCGAGGAUAUUGGCCCUGUUCCUUCCAUCAAAUUCAAGGGACUCAAGAACAUCUUCGCAGCGGACCACGAUGGCUUCCAAGGCUUGUCGAAGAUGCUCUCUGGCUCACACAAGAUGCCACACCCUGUCAAGACCCAACUCACUGGCGAUGCCGAACUGUGCAGAAAGCUCAUGCUUGGUAUCGGUGGUCCCGACCGUGCUUACAUCCGCUCACUCAUCGAGCAACAAGAGCCUGACGCUCUGCAGCUCUACCGCGGUCAGACGCGAUUCAUGUUGGAGGAUCUUGCAGAUAUCCCGUCAGUCAAGUCCCUCAGCGGCAAGCAGAAGAAGAAGACAGCGGCUCUCGUCGCAGAAGAGAUGAUGUCCCGCAACCAGGCAUACUCCAACUUGACGGAACUUCUCCUUCCCAACUACGUCCGCCUCUCCAUCCACGCCCACAACAACAAGGGUCCCAAGUUCGCUAUCCGUCUCUUGCCCAAACACAUGGUGAGGGCGAUCGAUGAUCUUGAGAACCGUUUCGAGCCCGUUCCUGCAUACGAAUUCCAAAUCCCGACCCCAUGGCACAACUGCUGCAUCAAGGUUGAGGGUGAUGAUCUCAUCUACCUUGCUCGCUCGCAGGUUGCUAAGAAGGCUUUGGCAGGCUCAGACUUCGUGGGCUCCUGGGUCGACGGUGCUGAUGGAUCCUACUACAGCUUGAAGCGAACCUCGGGUCCUGCAACCACACAGGCUCCGAUCGACCUCCCCAAACUCGCCAUUCCCAAGCUCACGCGUGUUGGCACCCAGAAGGUCACUGUCAUGGAUGACAAGAAGCGCUCGAUCGUCCUCGUCACUCCGAUUAUGGAGGAGAUGCAGUCGCCUGUCAUCAUCUGCUCACCUAUGGUCGGAAAGAAGAAUCCAAUCGUAGUCAAUGCUGGCCAGGACGGCCAGAGGCCGAUCGUCAUUUCAGGAUCCAAGAAGAACUUCAACAUGGUCCGCUCCCCUACUCUCGGCCUCCAGCGAACAAAGACUUCCGUUGCCGUUAUGGGAGAGAAGCAAAGCCCUACCGUUACUGUUUCGCCACUCAAGCGCCAGGACACACAUUUCGUUCAAGCUUCGGAGAAGAACAAGCUGCGCUUCCUUGUCCCCAUGGCUACUUUCUUGCGAUCAAUGCGAAGCUCGCAAAACGCGCCAGAGCCUGCCUCUCCCCAACUCGCCUCUCCCUUAGAAGUCAAGGCUUGA